AUGACCUCGAAUUCGAAUCUACUUCAUGCGACAGACCACGGAUCCCAUACUUUGGUUGGUGGCGAUUUAGCAAUAAUCAGUCCUAGCGGAUCUGUAGCUGCCAAAAGCAAACCGCGAACUCGUUUGACGAAGGAGGCGGCCAAGAUCUUAAACGAUGUAUUCGAGAGUGGGUUAAGGAAUCCUGGGAUGAGAGAAAAGCAGGAACUGUUGGAGAGAAUUCAGGCUUUACCGGGCACUGAAGAUUACCAGAUGAAAUCCCUGGGUUUCUGGUUCCAAAAUAAACGGUCACAGUGGAAACUGAAAUCUACUCAAACUCAACAAGCGACCACUUCGAGUAGCUCAAGUACAACUAUUAUACGGCCCUCUCCUAGACAUCUCAAACCGGAGAAAAUCCCGCUACUACAUACGUUAUUCUACAAGAGCAACACCGAUCCGCCUCAGGAAUUAAUCGAUACUUGGGCUGUCCUUCUCGAUGCUGACUCUACUGCUGUAUCUGCGUGGGUUGCGGCCGAGAAAAAACUCAGCCUCGCUUCGUUUCAUGGAUACCCACCACAACACCCGAAAUCUCCUUCUACCAGAUCGAUAUCGCUGGACCCUCAGAGGAAGAUUUUGACACCUAAAUCGUCUCCCGAACCGCCACCACUACCACCACCACCAAUAUCUUCCUCGCACGUGUUACGACCCCAACAGCACCAGCACCAGGAACACGGCCAUUCACAAGCUGUUAUUGCUCCCGCCGCUCCCAGAAGUCCUUCGCCGUUUGUUGUGGUUAAAGAGGAGAGCAAGCCUCUUAUAAUUCCGACGGCGGUGCCACCUACAACAGAUCCCAUCAGGAGCGACCUUUUACUUGCUCUUCACCACGAGUUUUCAGAUCCACAACGUCAACGAAGCAUGACAGCUCCGUAUCCCUAUCAGCGCCCAAAGACGGGAAAAGAGUUGAAUGUAUUGUUUAGUUCAUGUACGAGUCCGAUGGAGGAGUUUUUGGGAAGGGUUAAAAAUGGGUCGUUGGAGAGGUUUGGGUUCAAGAGAGAGUGGGCUCAGACCCGGUGA